CCCCAGCACAUCCCGACACACGCACUGUACCGGAGACUGAGGGGCCAUACCAGCAUCGUGCCGCCAGCACAGCUUCAGGAUCAGCAAGUAGAGCCGGAGGGGAAAUCGCUUUUUGCUAAAAUCUGGUUUUUUUUUUUGCUUUGUGAUUUUGUUUCUCGCUGUUUUUUUUAAACACUGGAUACGUUGCCAUGUUAAAACCAACCGAAUUACUGUGUGACAGCUAUGGUCUGGUCUGAAAGCGUUUUAUUAAACGUUUCUCUACUCCUGACUGGCGGGCGCUCUGCUUGCUGACCGAUGCAUCACCUCCAAGAAUAAGCUGCCUCCGUUAGUCACGGCUGAGCCCAUCAUCUGUAUCAAAUCUGAAUUCAGAAUUUUACCUUGGGCCCAAUAAAGGACUAAUUCACCAGACGUGGUGUUUUCUACCACUGAGGACCUGCGACACUUUCUGCUGUUGUAUUUUACUUUCAGACGGAGUCUAUUUUUACGCAUGCGGGGACAGAUCAGUAGUGACAGCAGAUCGACUGGCCUCUCCGCGAAUCCUGACCCGGGAGCUGGAGGCGGAAUCAGCUGAAGCAGCACUCGGUCAAUGCUCGGCCCUCGCCGGUGAUUGAGUUUGUGCGCGUCGCUCGUGGGGGGUUGUCGCGAGCCCAGCCGAAGCCAUGGUCCACUGCGCCGGCUGCGAAAGGCCUAUCCUGGACCGCUUCCUCCUCAACGUGCUAGACAGAGCCUGGCACGUCAAGUGCGUGCAGUGCUGCGAGUGCAAAUGUAACCUGUCCGAGAAGUGUUUUUCUAGAGAGGGGAGACUGUACUGCAAAAAUGAUUUUUUUAGGCGUUUCGGCACCAAAUGUGGCGGCUGUUCGCAGGGAAUUUCUCCGAACGACCUGGUCCGGAGGGCCCGGAGCAAGGUGUUCCACCUCAACUGUUUCACCUGCAUGAUGUGCAAUAAGCAGCUCUCCACCGGCGAAGAACUCUACAUCAUAGACGAGAACAAAUUCGUUUGCAAGGACGAUUACCUCACUAACAUGAGUGUAAAAGACACGAACCUCCUCUCAGUAACGGCAUGCAGCGAUCCCAGUUUAUCUCCGGACUCUCAGGACCAGCUCCAGGACGACGUUGUCCUAAAGGACACGGAGAUGGCGGCUCUCUCCGACAAGGAGACGGUUAACAACGAGAACGACGACCAGAACCUGGGCGGGAAGCGGCGCGGGCCACGGACCACCAUUAAAGCCAAGCAGCUGGAGACCCUUAAGGCGGCGUUCGCUGCCACCCCAAAACCGACCCGACACAUCCGGGAGCAGCUGGCUCAGGAGACCGGCCUCAACAUGAGGGUCAUUCAGGUCUGGUUCCAGAACCGGCGAUCCAAAGAGAGGCGCAUGAAGCAGCUGAGCGCUCUUGGCGCGCGGAGGCACGCGUUCUUCCGGAGCCCGAGGCGGAUGAGGACGUUAGUGGACCGGCUGGAGCCUGGUGAGCUCAUCCCCAACGGGCCCUUCUCGUAUUAUGGAGAUUAUCAAAGUGAGUACUACGGCCCAGGAGGGAACUAUGACUUUUUUCCUCAGGGCCCUCCAUCGUCGCAGGCCCAGACACCAGUUGAUCUCCCCUUCGUGCCCUCCUCAGGCCCCACAGGCACCCCUCUCGGGGGUAUGGACCACCCCCUACCAGGCCACCACCCUUCCAGUGAUGUACAACGCUUCUCUGAUAUCAUGUCUCACCACCCGGGGGACUCUCCCAGCCCAGAGCCUGGCAUCCCGGGGCCCUUACACAGCAUCUCUUCUGAAGUGUUUGGUCCUAGUCCACCCUUUACCUCACUGUCGCUGAAUGGCAGCGGAUACAACAACCACCUGUCUCACCAACCCUCAGAAAUGAACGAGGGCACUGUGUGGUAGCUUUCUGGAACAGAGGACUAAAAGCCAGAUAUUCACUGAUGGAGGAUGGCAGGAUUAGCUGUUGCUGUGGUUGCAUGGCCGACGUAGGGACCAGGAAAAUGACAGGUGUAGGGCAACUUCAUAGACCGUUUUUUUAAAAUAUAUUUAUCUAUUUAUGUUGCAUUUUAUGAUUUUAUUCACAUUUCUUUUUGUUGAAAACCUGAUCGGGCAUAAAAACUGUGGUAAAAAUAUUGUGUUCAGUAUUGUAUGUUUGUGGGUGGUUUAAUAGCUUUUUUAAUUCCUCAUCCAUCCCACAUCACCUAAAAAACCUUAGUUGCAAAAAAAAAAAUAAAUAAAUAGAUAACUGGGCAAGACUGAUAGAUUGCCCCCUAUCACUCUUUAUUUGGACGCUCCAUUGCCCCUGGUGUUUCCUGUCAGUGGCCCCCUCCAACCAAACCCCUUCACACUUACACGUGUGUUAAAAAAAGAGACAAAGAACACAACUGUUUUUGAAAAACUUCUGUUGUAGGUCCCAAACCGGAAACAUGUUUUGCUACUGUCAAAGACUUGGAUAGCUUUACAGAAAGAAUAACGGGACUGAGGGUUGCUGAUGUGCUAAUCUGGCUAAGUGGCAUUCAGACUGUCAGAGGCACUCCAUGUGUUCCUUCAUAUUCAGAAACUUCUAAGACCUCUUGGCCUCUCAAGGCUCUGCCAUACUGAUGCUGAACGUUUUUCACUGAAUAUUGCUGAAGGCCUGGAGAAAUGACCUUUGUUUCUUUUUAUUUCACAAAGUCCACCAAAUCUGAGGACUGCUGCCUUCAAAAUGCAGUAAAACCAGUUCAACACCCCAGUGGACUGCAAGCCCUUUAUUUAAAAUGGAGAUGAACUUGAAAUGUCAAAAUGAAGUCUAUCGUCUAGAAAUACUCUACUAGGCUUCUAAAUAGGACUUCGAACAGUCAACUGUUUACGUAAUCUAAGAAAUUCAGGAGUCCAGAAGUCUCAACACCGUGUUUUAGAGCCUCUUGAUCGAUAUAAAAAUGUUCCAAGCAACCAACCAAACUUUUAUAUUGAUUUCAUUUAUAUUGUAUGGAGAUAAAAAUCCAUUUGCUGGGGUUGUGCUUCACUGUGCUAGUUUGUACAAGAUGUUGUUUACAGAAAAAGUAAAAAAGGACAAUAAAAAAUAAAGAAAAGUAGACAAUUGCCAAAUUUUAAAUCAUAGCACAAAUGCUGUUAAAGUGCUUUGCACUGUUAUCACAGUAUGUGUUGGGACAAAGUGUUAAGAGGAGUAAUUGACUUUGAAUUAUUUUUAGUCUGCUGACAAUGCAUUCAUAAAAGUGUUACUAUAAGCAUACUUAAGUUUUAUUUUUGUGUGAUCAAAGAAGAAAAAUCCAAACUAUUAAAAAUUGAUGGUCAAAUGUGCAGCUGUCAGCUGCUACAUCUCUUUGACUAUCAAGCCCUCAUGGUAUGUCUUUUAUUGUUUCAAUAAACCGAAGCUUAUGUGACCUCCAGUGCAUAUUAGACCAUUCACUGUAUAAAUUCAACUGUUGACAAAAUUGUAUUUCUAAUAAAUCAGAAAACAUAC